AUUUUCCGUUUACUUCAGUCUGAAUCUAAGAUAAUCACUAGAACACGAUUCUAUAACCAGUUGUCUCUGCUUACUUUAAAGUUUGGGAUAUAAUUUCAAUCUUGCUUAGAGGCUAGUUAGCAGCAGGUCCACCCGGAGGCUUUUCAGUGCUGCACUGAGCUAACUUGCGGUGGAAAACAAAAAAAAGAACUGAUGUAUGCUCUUACCAGUAGUUAUCCUGUAUAGCUAUCAAGUGAAACCACUAGUUAGAAAAUAUGGCGUCCACAUCCGACUCGGACAAACCGUCAGUUUCUAACGUGGAAGAAAACAGAACUCGUCUGUGUGAGGAGUUCGCUGUAAUAGCGGGAACUGACACCGCCGUGGCUCAGUGCUACCUGGCCGAGAAUGACUGGGAGAUGGAGAGAGCUUUGAACUCCUUCUUUGAGGCAGAUAUGGAGAGAGUAUUUGAAGUCGAAGAUUUCACAGAGACAGACACCACCCCCAAACCUAAGAGGCAGAAGGUUGAGGAAAAACCUCCAGAAAAAUGCAUAGAUUUGACUGGAGACAGUCCGGCCUCGACACAGAAACCUUCAGAAGAAGAUGAUGAUAAACUGUCGCUGAUCUCCUGGAAUGUUGACGGACUCGAUACAGACAACCUUGCAGAACGUGCCAGAGGCCUGUGUUCCUACUUAGUCUUAUAUACUCCUGACGUGGUGUUCCUGCAGGAGCUCAUUCCACCUUAUGUCCAGUACUUGAAGAAACGGGCUGUCAGCUACCUGAUCAUUGAAGGUGGUGAAGAUUCUUACUUCACGGGGAUGAUGCUGAAGAAGUCUCGAGUCAAAUUCGUGGAGAGCGAGACUGUGUCUUACCCCACCACUCAAAUGAUGAGGAAUCUGCUGGUAGCUCAGGCGACUUUCAAAGACCAGAAGCUGUGUCUGAUGACGUCCCACCUCGAGAGCUGUAAAGGCCACGCAGAGGAGCGCAUGAAGCAGCUCAGAGUGGUGAUGCAGCGGAUGAGGGAGGCGCCUGAUGACGUCACCGUCCUGUUUGGAGGCGACACCAACCUGAGAGACUCUGAGGUGGCCAAGGUGGGCCUGCCCUCCAGUGUCUGUGAUGUUUGGGAGCGGCUGGGAAAGCAGGAGCACUGCCGCUACACCUGGGAUACCAAAGCCAACAGCAACAAGACUGUCCCCUUCGUCAGUCGCUGCCGCUUCGACCGCGUCUACCUUCGUCCAGCUGCCAAGGAUGGAAUCCCACAUCUGGCCCCCGAUCACAUGGCUUUAGUGGGGCUGGAGAAGCUGGACUGUGGCCGCUACACCAGUGAUCACUGGGGGAUUUACUGCAGCUUCUCUGCUGGCUAGAAAGUUAAAAAAAAAAAAACAACCUUCUGUUUGCCAGUUAAAUCUUGUCUUUUACAUCUGCUGGUCUUGUUUGCUUCAUUCCCAGUAAAGGACUGGUCAGUGCUGGGAUCAGACCACAGUGUCUGAUUGGAAGAAGAUGCUGUAAACUCAUCUGAGAGAUCGGUGGCCUGUAAACAUGCUGCUAAACAUGCUUUUUUUUUGUUUGUUUUUAGUUUUAUCCUCUGAUGUCUGAAGUGAUUUCUUUGCAAUAAUGGGGAAAAACUCUAAUAAAUGAUAGUUUUAAUUGUUUUUCAGAUUGGAUUUUACAGUUGAGUUUGAAAGUUUGUUCAUGACCAUGGAAACAACUGUUAUCAGAAUAAUCUCACACAGGUUCUGACCUUCUCACAUGAUCAUGCUCGUUCGAUAAAAUUUGUCCACUGGUUAGGGAGCUCUUUAUGUUCAGAAAUUCUUGUACUUUCAAGGUUUCUUAUCCAAGAUGAAUUAUAAUAUUCAUGACUGAAAAUUAAAUAAACUAUAUUACCUUUAGAAA